UAUAAAAGACAUCAUAAAUAUCAAUUACAUAUAAUCUCAAAGAGUAAUUAAAGUAGUAGUACAGUGUAACGCCCAAGCUACACAGUACACACAAUUGUAACAUGAAUACAUGAGUGGUUAUGUAAAAGAUAAAGCUUUAACAAAUUUCUGCUAAAUCAAAUCAUUUGGUAUUAAAUUGUAUCUUCCUCUUUAUUUCAAAAAAAAAAAAAAUUGUAUCUUCCCUCUCUUUAUUCACUGGGUAUGAUGAAUUUCAUCGGUUGAUCUAAAAAUUGUAUUUAUUUUGAUACCAAAUUGAAUCAAAAUUUCUAGUCACAUGAUAAAAUAAUCUUCAAUGAACCAAUCUCUAAGCUUACUGAUGAGGGAACAGUUGAGAAUUUCAAAGUUUUUGAGGGAAUGUUCAAAGAAUUUGUGCCUAGAACAAGGGAAGAAGGCACAUACAGCUGUAGUAAAAAUGGGUUUUUGGUCUGAUAUGAUAAUAAGCAAUGAUCUUGUAGAUAUGUACUGUAAAUGCCGGAGUGUCGACAAUGCAUAUAAGGUGUUUGAUAAAAUGCUUCAAAGAAAUGUUGUUUCUUGGACAGCUCUUAUAUGUGGGAGUUUACAUCAGGGUGAUGAUGCUGAAGGUGCAUUGUCCCUUUUAUAUGAGAUGACUUUUUCUGAUGUUAGACCAAAUGAAUACACUUUCUCUGCCUGUUUUAAGGCAUGUGGUCGUUUGGGUAUCCCUGAGAAAGGGAUGCAAGUUCAUGGGUUUUGCGCGAAAGCUGGGUAUCAAUGGUUUCCUGUUGUGGGUAAUUCUGUUGUUGAUAUGUAUGCAAAGUGUGGAAGAAUUAGUGAUGCAGUUCAAGCUUUUGAUGAAAUUGGUGUGAAGAGUCUCAUUGCCUGGAAUACUAUUAUAGCAGGGUACAGUUCUCAGGGAGACGGCAAGAGUUCUGUCAAAUUGUUUCAGGAGAUGCAGAAAGAGGGCAUGAUUCCUGACGAGUUCACUUUUACGUCUGUCCUCAAAGCUUGUAGUGUUAUUGGGGUAAUUUUCGGUGGUACUCAAAUCCAUGCUGCCUUGAUCACAAGAGGAUUUCCUAUUUUCGCCCAGACAGCUCUUGUAGGUGCACUUAUUGACUUGUAUGUAAGGUGUGGAUGCUUGGUUGAAGCCCGGAAGCUAUUUGAUCUCAUUGAAGAUAGAAGUGUUGUAUCCUGGGCUUCUCUGGUUUUGGGUUAUGCACAAGAGGGCUAUUUUAUGGAGGCUAUGGACGUGUUUAGACAACUUAGAGAGAGCAACAUACAGAUAGAUUCAUAUACUAUGUCAGGUUUAAUUGGGGUCUUUGCUGAUUUUGCUUUCGUGGAGCAAGGAAAGCAGCUUCAUGCUUUUACUAUUAAGGUUCCUUUUGGUUUAGAACCAGAAGUUGGCAACUCAAUUGCUGACUUGUAUCACAAAUGCGGUUUGAUGGAAGAAGCAGAGAGAUUUUUCAGUGAAAUGCCGGUGAAAAAUAGAGUUUCGUAUACAGUUAUGAUCACUGGCUAUGGGAAAUAUGGUCUAGGGAAAGAAGCAGUUAUUCUUUUCAAUAAAAUGCUUUCAGAAAAUGUAAGGCCUGAUAGGAUAACUUACUUGGCUAUCCUAUCAGCUUGUAGCCAUUCAGGGCUGGUGAAAGAUUGUGAAGAAUACUUUUCUAUGCUGUGCAAUGACCGUUGGAUCAAAGCAGAGGUGGAGCACUAUUCUUGCAUGGUCGAUCUCCUAGGUCGAACUGGGCGGCUUACUGAAGCUAGAAACCUCAUAAGCAGUAUGCCAAUGAAACCAAAUAUAGGUGUGUGGCAGACAUUGUUGAGUGCUUGUAAAGUUCAUGGGGACUUGGAACUCGGAAAAGAAAUAGGAAAGAUUAUCUUGGAGUUGGAUGGAGAUAAUCCAGUCAAUUACGUUUUGAUGUCAAACCUUUAUGCUAAUGCUGGCUACUGGAAGGAGUGUCAGAAGCUGAGAGAAACAGUGAGGAAGAAGGGGUUAAGGAAAGAGGCAGGCCAGAGCUGGGUUGAGAUAGACAAAAAGGUCCAUUUCUUCUAUGGAGGAGAUGAUACACAUCCACUCACUGAUAAAAUCCACGAUUUGUUGAAAGAAUUGGAGAGGAGAUUGAAACAAGAGUUGGGUUAUACUCAAGAAGUAAGAUUUGCAUUGCAUGACAUUGAAGAAGAGUCUAAGGUGGAGAAUCUGAGAGUCCACAGCGAGAAGCUGGCAAUUGGACUGGCACUAUUGUGUGAUGGAAAGGAAAAAAACACUAAAGUGAUAAGGGUUUUCAAAAAUUUGAGGGUUUGUGGCGAUUGCCAUGAGUUCAUCAAAGGUUUAUCUAAGGUUUUAGAGAAAGUGUUUAUUGUUAGGGAUGCUAAUAGAUUCCAUAAAUUCCAGGAUGGUGUAUGUUCUUGUGGAGACUAUUGGUAAUUUAGACUGUGACUUCUAUUAUAUUACUGCCAAAUGGAAGGACUUGUGGAUGCUGUGGUAAUGAGUUCUGUAUACUCCUGCUUGAAUGGAUUUCAUGAUGAUAUCAAGUGCUAAGAGCACUGAAUAUGCAAAAAUUGGAGUCACAUGAUUAUUCAUAAUUGAUCUGUAGGUCAAGGAAGAUUAUUUGCAGUUCACUUGCAAUUUUGCCCAGACUGAUGCUGUUCUGUUUGCAUAUAAUCAGUGUCAAUGAAGGCUUACCUUCCUUUCAUCCACAUAUUUUGCAAGAUAAGGAGCAGAACCUCAAUAUCUUCACUAAACUCUUUUCCUCAUGAUUAUUCAACAUUGAGCUUUAAGAAGCCACAGAGACUUGAACCAACUGGCGAGGGUAUUCAAUACUUAGUACGAGAUGAUGUCUCAAUUGCUACAAGUUACUACAUAGUACGAGUCUGCGAGAAGAUGCCUUUAAACUUGUACGCUUCCUUGCUGGUAGUCAAGAUGGGCUAAUUCUAUGAUGAUCUUGGUAAAGAAGCUCUUUUUUGCAUGUAAGUUGCUCUUUUCAACUUUUGCUGUAAUGGAAGAUUUAUACAACUAUACGUUUGUACUGUAUAGUACUUCCGAAGCAUGUUAAUUUAUACAAAAUUUUGAGCUCGCUUGAAAGCUCGGGAUCGUGCUCGGACUCGCGUAAGUUAAUUGAACUUGAACAUGAACAAGGUAGUACUCGGCUCGGCUCGGCUCAUUUACACCCCUAAGCAAUAGGGCAUAAUGGCCGAAGAUGGUCCAGCUCCAUCUCAAAGUAUAACUUUCUAAGAAGUUGUUUUAGGAAAUACCCUUCAUUCUUAUACUUGGAUAAAAUAGAGGAGAUCAAUGAUAUUUUAAUUGGAUUACUAUUUGUGCAAGAACAUCAGAUUGAGGAAUGCCUUAUCAAGUAUGUUAUAAAAGAGCUGCGAUCCAAAGCUGAUCUAGCCCAAGAAAUAGCUGUAGCCAAGGAGGUAUGUUCUGCUAGAGGGAAUUUGGUUUUGCAAGAUGAUUAUUUCCUUGCUUCUAAGUGCUUAAGCCCUUGGACUGUUGAUGUUGAUUAUGACGAAAGUUUGUUGAUUUGGCACCUGGCCACUGAUAUCUGCUACUGGACAACCAAUGACAAUGCUGCUGCCUGCUGCAGCAUCAAGUGAUCGUAUGUUUAGCAAGACACUCUCUGAUUACAUGGCAUAUCUUUUACUAAGGCAGCAAACGUUGGUAUCUGCAGUGGUGGGUAUGUCAGAAACUCGUUUUGACCACACUUGUGCUGAGGCUAAAAAGUUCUUCAAUAAUAAGAGCAUCAACGUCGGUUGGCUUGCAGAUCCCUGGUGGAAGGCUAAGAAGUUUCUGUAUGAGAAGUUAUGUGGUCGGACCAUGUCAGGGCAAGAUGAUGCUCCUUCUGAUGGAUUAGAAAAUACAUUUUUCAAGGAGUUUUGUAAGAAGGUGCUUGAAGUAAAAGCAGAUGUUCAGCCGAUAGUAGCCAAGGGUGAUAAAAGCAAAUCUGUGCUAUUUGAUGCAUGUCGACUUGCUAAGCAAUUGGAAAUGUUUGGAGAAAUUCAGUGGGAGGUGACCAGCAAAGUUUGGGUGGAGCUGCUUUGUUAUGCUGCUCUCCGCUGCUCACCGAGAUCUCAUAUUGCGCAACUAAGCAAAGGUGGGGAGCUCAUAACAUUAGUGUGGCUGUUUAUGGCUCAUCUUGUCUUAGGAGAGCGCUUCCUGCAAAAUCGGGGGUUUGGGUGGACUAAACUUGUCAUUCACAAAUGAUGCUAAAUACUUUGUUUGAAUUAGUUUCACAUGCUUGGAUUUCAAUGAAGUCAUACAUUCUGUAAUUGUAAUCUAAACUUUCUGAAAAAGAAUUGAACCACUCAAUUUCUAUUAUUCCC